AUGAGAAUCAACUUCCAAACGGCGGCACUCGCCCUCGCGUGCGCUCCUCUCGCGUGUGCCCUGAAAGUCACGAUCCUGGCGGAUACCAACCGGGAUGGAAUCAUCGAUGCCAAGACGGAUGCCGAAAAGAAAGACCAGUGGACCGAGACCAGAGGUGCCCUCUUCCUACCCAACAUUGGAGACUCCGACGGCCGGUGCGCCACUGAAAUAGACGACACAUGGGCCAACAUCAUGAAUCAGACAAUUGACGUGGAUGACAAGAUCAAAAUCCUGAACGACGUUAGCAACUCUUGCAACGACUCUUCGGACAAUGUUCAACGCAACCCAAAAUACCUGGCUCCCAUCCUCGUCCUCGCGAACUGCAAGGUUAGUGCCUCUGCCACAGGCUCUGUCUACGUUACGGACGACCUGGCCGCCAAGAGCGUACGCAUCUUCCAGAAAGACGGCGACGCCUGGAAGUACAUUGCAGCAGACCACGUCUUCACGGCACAGGAGCUCAAGAGAGGCAUGUCCCUUGGUAUUGACGCGCGAGAUGUCCGACGUGCUGACGGCUGGAAUGGCACUGCCAUCGUCCACAUGACCGUGACCGACGGGGCCGAGAAGGCCACGGAUGCUGUCGCUUUCCGCGUGGCCCCAGUUCUGACGCAUCACCACGCUCAAGGCUUGGAGGCGGUCUUUACUACAGCCUCUUGGCAAGACAACGAUUCACAAUCCUACUUCGUGGAGAAUUUUGAGAAGGGCGUUGCCGCAGCAGGAUUCAAGGACCCUGUCUAUCGCAUGGUGGGCCAAGACAUCUGGACGCAGGACUACUUUGAGGCAGGGUACGCCAGCAUCCCUGGCCUUAACGGCACCAUCGUCAUCCGCAUCCUCAUCCGGUCCGCCCAGUGGUACCGCCCAGGUGGCAUCGAGUUGUUCGAGCUCAUGCGAUCAGACACCGUGGGCGCCGUGCAGGAGCUCCUCGAAGGCUACACACUUGACUCGAUGGGGAACCUUGAGACAAUCCCUCCCUACACGCACAACGGCAAGUCGUACCCCGCCGGCCGCAUCAUCAUGGGCACCUGGGACAGCGAAAAGCCCCUGAUAUUCGGCUUCCUCGAGGCGCAGGAGAUCCAGGAGCCCCUCGCGCUCGACACUUCUUGGCUGGCUGUCGGCCACGUCGACGAGUUCCUCCAAUUCCUGCCGGCAGACAACGAGCGUGGCUGGAUUCUGAUGGUCAACGAUCCCCACGGCGGCCUCGAGCUCUUCAAACGCGCCUCGCGUAACGGUCACGGCCGGGUGCGCGCCGUGUCCCGAUCACCUAUGCCCGGCGACGACAGCUGCCUGCCCACUCAGACGGUCGACGAGAUUCUGGCCUUUGCUGACCUAGCGACCAUCACGGACGACGUGGCGGCCCGUAUCGAGGGUAAUAUCGCGAUCCUCAAGCGCGAGACAGGCCUCACGGACGCCGAAAUCUUCCGCGUGCCGGCCACAUUCUACCCGCUCGAUCAGGACGUCUUCGCCUGCGGCAACUCGACACGCAACGCCACGCUCGCCGCGCGCGAGAACAAGCUGCCCAAGGCAGGCCCAGCAGCGCGCGUCCAGUCCAUCCUCGAGGCGGCCCAGCCGCCAUCGGCAAAGGGCCUCGUGCGCAGACAGACCAGCUUCGAUAGGCCGGUCACGGCUCUGUUCCCGAACGCCAUCAACAGCGUCGUGCUGACGGACCGCUCGGUCCUGGCGCCUAACCCGUGGGGACCUGUCAUUGAUGGCGUGGACAUCGUCGCCGAGGCUGUCACGGCGGCGUACGCAAAGGUCAACUUCAAGGUGGCAUACGUGGACAACUGGUUCUCUCACCAUGUGCACUCGGGGGAGGUACACUGCGCCUCCAACGUGUGGCGUGACGCCAGCAUGCCUUGGUGGGAAUAG